GGGAGAGAUCCAACGCGAUCCCCAGCAGAGAUCCCCAGCCGAGAUCCCCAGCAGAGAUCGCAGAUCGCGGAGCGCUGAUCGGAGGGACGACGAACUUGGUCUCCGCUCGCUCACUGAUCCUGCUACAGUGGAGCCCAAUGUGGGGCGAGCGCAGACAUGGACCAGUCACCGCUCGGAAGCGUGCUCGGGCAUCUGGCCCAGAUGGCGGAACUUCAGGGCCAGUUCCAGCAGGCCCAGAGCGAGGUGCUCACAGAGCUGGCCCAGUCCUUGGUGGCCGAUCGGGCCUUCGAGCUCUUGCCUCCGGGGGACACGGCGACGGACCCAGGGGAGCAGGACCCGUGGCCAACAUCCACGUCAGGAGUGGGCUCACCGUCUCCUGCCGCUCCUGACGGGGGAGGCCACCUGCAGCCCCCACCGACGGCCCAGCGACCACCAACACCGGUCCCGCGCACCGGUGCAGCUGCCCUACGGCGGGACAGGCCAAGCCCAAUGCCGAGGGCGAGAGGGGGGGUUCCCAUGUGCCUGCUCCGGAUUCCGGAGCGGGCACAUGAAUCACAUCCCACCCCCACUCCCCUGGCGCUCAGACGGCAGGGGAGGGGUGUUGGCGGUGCGGGUGGCCUGGUCACUUCCGGCGGGAUUGCCCUAUAA